CAAAUGCUCAAUUGCUUCACGCAUUGACUGUUAUUGAGGUUAGUUGAAGGACUUUGUCUGCAAAGGUUAAACAUCCUGACUGCCUUUUUGUUUGUUUUCCUCACUGGGUUAUGAAUUCCAGAGAUGAGUAGCUCCAUUUUCAGUGAGAAACUGCGUGAACAAGUCGAGGAGACAUUAGACUUUCAUGACAAGGGUGUUGCACCACGCAAGAACCUUGAUGUAAUGAAAGCUGCAAUUGAGGGUAUGACCAACACAGUCUCAGAGGAGGACAAGGAGAAGGAGAAGGAGAACAGUGACAUGUCUGCCAAGAAAAGUAAGAAAAAGAAGUCCAAAUCUGAGGCUGAUGGUGACGCCAUGGAUCUUGAUAAGUCUGCCAAUACGGCCGCAGCAGAAGCUGAACCUGAGACAGAGAAGAAGGAAAAUAAAAAGAAGCACAAGCUAGAGGAGCCCCAAGAUCAAGAGAUGGCAGCCAAUGACGACGGCGAACAAGAGGAGCCCCAAGAAUCUUAUUUCGAAGUUGUUUCUCUCUGCACUGGGACACAUUUUGAGGUCUAUAAUCUAGAAGAGCAUGAAUUGAGGAGCCCUGCUUUUCAUAUCAUGAACAAGAUGUAUUAA